CAAAAAAUUGGUCUUCAGCUUGAGUUUCACACAACAUGAAGCUGGUGCUUGCUGUCCUCUGCCUCGUUGUCGCUGGCGUUAGCUCCUCGACGCCUGAUCUGGCACACCGACAGCAGACCAUCAAUCGGCUGUUGUACAGAUCUACUGAACCACUGAGGUUCGAUGAGCUCAAAGCAGCUGCUGCUAACUUCAAGCCUGAUGCAGACACCUCACUUUACAAAGAUGGAGGUGAGGCAGUCGAACACCUCAUGUGUCACCUAAGACGAAACGUAUUGCUCGAGAAACAUCAUUAGUUCUCGCUCUUCAAUGAUCGCCAACGGAAAGAAGCUCUCAUGCUCUUAGAUGUAUUAUUGAAUAGCAAGACUUGGGAGACUGCGAUCAACAACGCUGCUUACUUCCGCGAACGUGUGAACGAAGGAGAGUUCGUCUACGCUCUGUACGCUGCCGUGAUUCACUCCGAUCUUGGAAAAGGCAUUGUCUUGCCUCCUUUGUAUGAGGUCACCCCCCAUUUGUUCACCAACUCAGAAGUGAUCCAAAAAGCCUACACCGCCCAGAUGACUCAGACACCUGGUAAAUUUCGCAUGGAAUUCACAGGAAGUAAAAAGAACCCCGAGCAGCGUGUUGCCUACUUCGGUGAGGAUAUUGGCAUGAACGUUCACCACGUCACCUGGCAUUUGGACUUCCCCUUUUGGUGGAACGAUGCUUACGAUUACCACCUUGACCGCAAAGGUGAACUCUUCUUCUGGGCCCAUCACCAGCUUACAGCCCGAUUUGAUGCUGAACGCCUUUCCAAUAACCUGGAACUUGUCGACGAGCUUUACUGGGACAAGUCAAUCAGAGAGGGUUUCGCGCCGCACACAACGUACAGGUACGGCGGUGAGUUCCCUACUCGUCCUGACAACGUGAAGUUCGAAGAUGUCGACGGUAUCAUUCGCGUCCGGGACAUGAUCAUCCACGAGACCCGCAUACGGGAUGCGAUUGCUCAAGGAUUCAUCACCGCUGCUGACGGAAGCACGAUCGAUAUCAGGAACCCCAAUGGCAUCGACCGUCUUGGCGAUAUUGUCGAAUCAUCUUCAUACAGCCCCAACGCCCGAUACUACGGAUCACUCCACAAUGAUGCACACAUCAUGUUGGGUCGUCAAGCGGAUCCUCACGGCAAAUUCAACCUCCCUCCUAGUGUCAUGGAACACUUCGAAACAGCUACUCGCGAUCCUGCCUUCUUCAGGCUGCACAAGUACAUGGACAACAUCUUCAAGGAGCACAAGGACUCACUUCCUCCCUACACUGCGGGGGAAAUUGGAUUCCCUGGAGUUCACCUGACAAGCGUUGGUGUCGAAGGAAAAUUGGAAACUUACUUUGAAGAUUUUGAAUUUGAUUUGAAAAUGGCUGUUGAUUCAAGUGAAUCUGUCAACGAGGUUGAUGUGUCCGCGACCGUGUCUCGCCUCAACCAUAACGACUUCACCUACAAGUUUGAGAUCAAAAGCGACUCCGAAGAGCACGCUGUUGUGCGUGUCUUCCUGUGCCCUCGUCGUGACAGCAACGGAAUUAUCUUCACUUUCGAAGAAGGUCGCUGGCAUUGCAUUGAAAUGGACAAGUUCUGGACAAAACUGUCUGCCGGAGCCAAUGUCAUCAAGCGCAAAUCAACUGACUCCUCUGUUACUGUACCUGACGUGCCAAGCUUCAGCACGUUGAUUGCCGAAGCCGACAAAGCCGUUGCCGGCAGCUCAGACUUUGACUUCGCUCGAUAUACUAGAUCAUGCGGAAUCCCUAACAGGAUGCUUCUGCCGAAAGGUUCUGCAACAGGCAUGGAAUUCGCGUUGGUGGUUUCUGUUACCAAUGGUGAAUCAGAUGAACAGCACGAUGCUCUUGAGGAUGCUACCACCCAGAGCCACACUCUGUGCGGCAUCCACGGUGAGAAGUACCCCGACCACCAGCCCAUGGGCUUCCCUCUCGACCGCCGCAUUCCUGAUGAGCGCGUCUUCCUAUCCUCGGACAACAACGCCUACACCAUUGUGAAAAUUUACUUCAAGGGAGAACAUUGAAUCAUUACUUUCUUAACUGAAAGUAAACAUGAGUCAAUGAAAUCCCGUUCAUCUUUCCAGUUCCUUGAAUAAAUAUUAUGCUGCCA